AGAGUAAUAUUAUCAGGCCAUUAGGCCAAUAUAUUUAUCAGGCCGUAUAUUUAUGAGUAAUACUAAAAUGUAAAAAUUAUACAUUAUGUCAAUGUUUUCGGUGAUAUGAUUUAAAUUACGUGGCAGAUAAGUUUUUUUUUUCUGAUGUGGACGCUCUAUAAAACCUCAAAAAGUCUAUUUUAUCGGUAUAGAUCGCCUUGUGAAAAUAGUCUCUUAUGGAAAGACUCGAGUCUCUCAAAGACGAAUCGGUCGUUCCCUCUCUCUUCGUUUUACCUUUACUUUUUACUUAUUUUCUUUAAUUUAAUUCAUGAGAAACUCGUGUAAAUGCUCUGAGCAUGUUUAAUAGGAGGUUUUUAGGGUGAUGUUUUUAACGGAAUAUAAAAAUCCGUCUUUUAACUUUUAACUAAAAAUAACUAAGAACCGGUUCUUAAAUAAGAUAUUUAAGAACCGGUUUAUAGCUCUUUUUAGUAAAAAUUAAGAGACGAGUUAUUAUAUUCCGCUAAAAACUCCACCUUAAGAAUUCUCUAUUAAACACGUUCUUAAUAGUCUUUCCUUUAAUAAUAAAAACACGACGUGCCCGUCUAAAUUACGCUCCAAGAGUUAACGAUGAUAACUUUCACUGUUCCUUUAAUAUUGACACGACACAUUUUUCUGUUCUUCCCCAAAAAAAUCCAAAUACUGAGAUGGUCGAAGUCAAUAUGAACUAGAAUCUUCUAGCCCCAAGCUCGUCUCUGAUUUAUUUCUUCAUAAAAUAGUAAACCCAUGAUUAACGUUUUUGACUAUAAAAGAAAACCCAUGAUAAACGCAGAAAGGACGUUAUGACUAGUGGAAUGUUUUUGCCUUUCUACAAGUCUUGCAAUUUUCUUUUUGCGUGGUAUUUCUUCUAGUAAGUUGCAUUUUUGUUUUCCAGUUUCGUUCCUGCAAGAAAAUAGAAAAAUGAGGCUCUUUCUUUUACUUUCUUUCAGUACUCUAAUGUUACUUGAAGGAUACAUGUUUACCUAUGAAACUGAUAAGCAAACGUUGCUCGAGUUCAAGUCUCAAGUAUCUAAAGGCAAAAGGGCUGUUCUGUCCUCAUGGAACAACUCAUUCCCUCUCUGCAAAUGGACAUGGGUUAAAUGUGGCAAGAAACACAAAAGGGUUACUGGUCUGAACCUCGGAGGAUUGCAAUUAGGUGGGGUGAUAUCGCCAUCUAUCGGUAAUCUUUCGUUUCUCAUAUCACUUAAUCUCACUAGUAACGGUUUUGGUGGUACCAUCCCUCAAGAGUUGGGAAGCUUGUUUAGGCUUAAACACCUAUUUAUGUCAUUUAAUUUUCUCAAAGGAGAGAUUCCAACUAGCCUGUUUAACUGCUCUAGAUUGGUGGAACUUCAUUUACACUCAAACUCUCUUUCACAAGUUGUUCCUUGGGAACUAGGGUCAUUGAGGAAACUUGUUUUGUUAGAUCUUGGUCGAAACAACCUUAAAGGAAAGUUUCCUGCAUCUCUAGGAAACUUGACUUCCCUCGAAGAACUUAGCUUUGUAGCAAACAUUAUGGAAGGAGAAAUUCCUAAUGAUAUAGCUAGAUUGGCUAACAUGGUGGAUCUUCAGUUAGCAACAAACAAUUUCUCAGGUGUUUUUCCUCAGGCAAUUUACAAUAUGUCAUUGCUUGAGAAUUUAAACAUCAUUGAUAAUGGUUUCUUUGGGAGCUUGAGGUCUGAUAUUGGUAACUUAUUACCACACCUUCAAGGGUUAUUUAUCGGAAAUAAUUCUUUCUCUGGCGCAAUUCCAGCAACACUUCCAAACAUCUCAAAUCUUCAAAAUUUGGGAAUGGAGAUUAAUAGUCUGACAGGAAGUAUUCCUCCAAGCUUUGGAAAAUUACGAGAUUUACAACUCCUGUCACUUCAUACUAAUUCUUUUGGAAGUCACUCUUUUCAAGAUCUUGAGUUUUUUGGAGCUUUAAGUAACUGCACCCAACUGAGUGAAUUACUUGUAGCUUACAAUAGGCUUGCGGGUGACUUGUCUACCUCUAUAGCUAAUUUAUCUACGAACAUCAACAUAUUAGAACUUCAGUCGAAUUUCAUCUCUGGAAGCAUUCCUCACGACAAUGGAAAUCUCAUAAACCUAAAUAUACUUUCCUUGGGAAACAAUCUAUUGACAGGAGCCCUCCCAACCUCUCUUGGAAAGCUUUCAGGAUUAGAAGAAUUCAGUGUCGGGUCAAAUAAAAUGUCAGGAGAAAUACCAUCCUCUUUAGGCAACAUCACGCGAUUAGAAAGUCUCUGGUUGUUUAACAAUAGCUUUGAAGGAAGCAUUCCUCCUAGCAUUGGUAAAUGUAGUCAUCUGCUGUAUUUUUAUCUUCAAGAUAAUAAGCUGGAUGGGACUAUACCUCAGGAGAUCAUGCAAAUUGCGCCGCUUGUUUUACUAAACAUGUCAAAUAACUUAUUGACCGGCUCUCUGCCAGAAACUGUUGGAAGCCUUGAACAUCUUGGCACACUUUCUGUUGCGCACAAUAGACUAUCAGGGAAACUCCCAGAGACUUUAGGAAAGUGUCUCUUGAUGGUACAACUUGAUCUACAAGGAAAUUCUUUUGAUGGAACCAUUCCAGACAUAAGUGGGUUGCUGGGUAUUAAAGAAGUUGAUUUUUCAAACAAUAAUCUCUCUGGAAGCAUACCUGGGUAUUUUGCAAAUUUCAGCUCAUUGGAACAUCUCAAUCUAUCCAUUAACAACUUCGAGGGAAAAGUUCCAACAGAAGGAAAGUUUAAGAAUGCUACUAUAGUUUCAGUUUCUGGAAACAUAAACCUAUGUGGAGGCGUCUUGGAGUUGAAACUAAAGCCAUGCAAGCAUUCCUCUUUCUCGAAGAAAGUUUUGAUUGGAAUAAGCGUAGGCGUAUCUGCGCUUUUGGUGUUAUUCAUAGCUUUUGUUUCUCUUUGCUGGUUCAGAAACAGAAAGAGGAAUAAGACCAAUGAAGCAUCUCCUUCCACCUUGGGCACUUUCCAUGAACAAAUAAGCUAUGGAGAUCUUCGAAAUGCGACAAAUGGUUUCUCUUCGAGUAAUUUGGUUGGUUCAGGCUGUUUUGGUACUGUUUUUAAAGCAUUGAUUCCUCCAGAGAACAAGGUUGUUGCAGUGAAAGUUUUAAACUUGCAGCAACGUGGAGCUUUGAAGAGUUUUAUGGCAGAGUGUGAAUCUUUGAAAAAUGUAAGGCAUCGUAAUCUUGUCAAAUUGUUGACGGCUUGCUCAAGUAUUGAUUUCCAAGGAAAUCAAUUCAGAGCAUUAAUCUACGAGUUCAUGCCAAAUGGAAGCUUGGAUAUGUGGUUGCAUCCGGAUGAAGUGGAAGAGAUUCGUAGACCCUCUAGAACUUUGACAUUACUUGAAAGACUUAACAUAGCAAUAGACGUGGCUUAUGUUUUAGAUUAUCUUCAUAUUCAUUCCCAUGAAGCUAUAGCUCAUUGUGAUCUUAAGCCAAGCAACGUCCUUCUAGAUGAAGAUCUAACUGCACAUGUCAGCGACUUUGGUCUGGCUCAGAUCCUCCUCAAAUUCGACCAGGAAUACUUUCUCAAUCAGCUUAGUUCGGCCGGUGUCAGAGGAACCAUUGGCUACGCUGCACCAGAAUAUGGAAUGGGUGGGCAAGUAUCAACACACGGUGAUAUGUAUAGCUUUGGGAUUCUACUUUUGGAAAUGUUCAGUGGAAAGCGACCAACCAAUGAGUUGUUUGGAGGAAACUUUACGCUCUACAGCUAUAUUGAAUCUGCGUUGCCAGGACGAGUGUUGGAUGUCGCAGAUGAAGCGGUUCUUCAUAACGGCCUUAGAAUCGGAUUCCCUGUUGCCGACUGCUUGAAACUAGUUUUUGAGGUGGGACUUAGGUGUUGUGAAGAAUAUCCAGUGAACCGAUUGGCAAUGGGUGAAGCUUUAAAAGAGUUAAUCACAAUUAGAGAGAAGUUCUUCAGAUCCAAAAGAAGAGCUAGGCAUUGAAGUGUUUCUGCGUUCCUCUGCAAACUCGAAGACGUACUUUCUGUAUAUAUGUUAUCUUCUUCAUAUUAUGCUUGAGUGUUUUGAACGUAUUGUAUGUUA